AAUAAAAUACAAAAGUCCACUCUCACUCUCUCAAGUCUUAACUGACCAGAGACCACACCAGAUCCUUCUCCAUUCCAACCAAUCCAAUCCCCCAUACCCGCCAUUGCCAUUAUCUACACACGCAGGGCUUUUUCUUCUUCAAACCCUAUUCAAAUCUUCCUCAUCUUCUUCUCUUUGAUCUACCAAGUUUUCUCCUUUUCAACUAGCUGCGUCUGUCCCCUUUCUUCAACACAGUCACUGCGUUUUCUCUUCUCCUUUUCAAAUUCACUCAAAAACCCUAGAUUCUUUCUCUCCUCUUGGGUCCUCCGGCCAACCCCUUUCUCUGGCUUUCUACCCUUCAUCGCUAUCAGGGUUAGGUUAUACCACUUUUCCAGUUUAAACUGAUAAGAGGAAAUCCUUUGUUCAAGAAUCCAGAGUACUCAUUCUUUUCGCUUUUCCAUAUGAAUUGCAGCAUAGCAUUUUUGCAUUGGUGGCAAUUUCAGGUUCAAAAAUGAGUCUAGCAUGUCUUGCAUGUCACAGUGUAGAAAGUCCAUCACAUUCGUUCAGGAGUUACUCGGUUUCAAGCUCGGAUAAUGAUGGUAGAUGUUCUGGUAUUGCCAGCUGCUUAACCACCUGGAGAUCAUCUCUACCUACUCCCACGAUGAGUUCUUCCCUAUCAACCUCUAAAGUAACCCCACAACCUUCAAUGCCGAACAGUAGUAUAACGGGUACCCCUCGGUUAGUCAGGAGCUGUGCCGUGAGAAGGGAUCUUGUCAGAGACUGGAACUUUGAUGAGGCUGUGAUGGAACGUUAGAUUCGGUUGCUAGUUUCAGAUAUGGUGAGUACUUAGGCUCUUCUUUUCGUUUGACGUUAGGAACCAGUCUUGCAAUCUAAUUUUGUUUUUGUACCGAUUGCAAAACCGAACUCAGAUAUUUCUAAUAGUAGAUUCUUAAUGUGAUCAUUGAAAUGAAAUAUUCUGUGCAA